AUGCUCGGCCUGCUGCAGGACACCAGCGAUCAUCCCAUGAUCCUGCCCCUGCCUCUUAGGGGAACCAAUUUCAUCACCGUCGUCAGUGCCUUCGCUCCCGCAAUGGCCGACUCUGACGAGGUGAGGGACACAUUUUACAAAAACCUGCACACCCUCAGGCUGGUCGGUCACUUGCGGCUCCAUCGCACCUAGACUGGGGAAUCAGUGCCAGGGGCACCAACAUAUACUCAUCGUCAUCGCUCCAACUGCCUGCACUGUUCACGCAUAUUUGCUCAUCGCAUGAGCCUGACGAAAAUGGUAAUGUUCUCACGAACUAACGAGUUAUAUCUCACGAAACCCUAGCUUUAAAAGCAGCAAUUAAAACCGAGCAGUGAAUAAUAUAGAUUCUGAACGUUAAAUAACCUGACAACAGAGCGCGACAGCUAAGCAGGCCAGCAAGGCGGGUUGUACUGGUGUGUUGCUUUUUGUCACAUUCAAACAAGCAAUUCGAUCGAAGAAAAUGGGACUAAUUGUCAAAGGUAAAUUAAUGGGGUCCUCAACACAAGCCUACCCGGUCUCAUGCGGCUCCACGAUAAUCUGCAGUAAACCAUCGCAGACCAAACACCACCACCACCGCCGCCACCACCACACGAACCGACCCCUCAGCACCCAAUACAGACUCCGAACAAGCACUUCCCACCUAAAUGAGAAACGUAAUUCACGUCUUCUCCUCCAUGUGACCGCUCUGGUAGUCUAACGGAUGUAGGUUCUGACCAGCCUAACCCGCUUUUGUGCAAUUCUAGUAUGUUGUGUGGGGGACCGGUUCAUAUAUGUAGCCUAAGCAGCCGGGCUCUCUAGCUUUAUCGGGCACUGCGCCCCAUUCCCCGUUUCAGCUGACUGACUGGUUCGAACACUGAACCGGCCUUUAGGAGAGGGAAGAGAGCCAGGUCGACUCCUUCAUCACAUGUUCCUCACUAUAAAUAAUCGGAUGCGCGGAAAUCUAUCACGGUGCGCUAAAAGCUGUGACUUGGGAGACUGCCAACCGACGGAAGAAUUCGGUCCUCCUUUCAGGACGGAAGGUCAGGCCGAAAUGACUCUUCAUGGCACUCCAACUCACUUGGUAUCCGAGCCAUCCUCGAUUGUUCUCCGUGCGAAAUCCUGAUGCAUCGUGUGCGCACCAUGCGUAUGUAUUUUCGUGCCAGCCACCUGUGCCCCCUCCCAGCCCCAGCCCUCCUGACCCUGCUACGACGCCUGGUCCGGGUGGGUGUGAAGGAGAGUGUGCGAUAGCUGCGGUGCAAGUCUACCACUAUCAUAAACGAAUUCUCGCAUAAGUCACUGUCCCUGAGUCCCCUUGCUGUGAGGCAAACUCUGGACAUCGUCGCCUGCGACGGCCGAACUGUCGGUUAUGUGUUGUGAGAUGAGAGGACGGUUGGUCGUUUCGACAUUGUAAGGGGCCCGCAGGCGUCCGUAGAGGCCGAUUCGUGCCCGAGAUGUCUUUUUACGGUGGGAACGCGAUGGCAUGGGUUGGGUGCUGGUGUUAUUGCUUCGUCGCAUUCGAGUUGUGCGGGUCUCUCACUUGGCUUUGACAGCGACUACUGGGGUGGCUUCAGAGAUGACUGCUCCAGUCUUUACCGCAGUGUGCCAAGUCUGCCGAUCUUGAACGAGCUCCUCCCAAGUCUCUGGGUUUAUUUGUACGUAUUUGGGUGAAGUCUUCGUGGUUUCCUUGUGGCAGUGCAUUAGUCCGCUUUGCCAGCUAUCACCCACGGCUACGUCGGCGUAGAGCAAUCGUAUGGGGGUGCGCUCGUCAUCAAGGCUCAUGAGGUGGCCGAUCAAUCGCAGUUGCGUCUAUCUCGUCAUUGCGUAAAUAUUAGGGAGGCCGAUUUCUUCAACAUCUGAAUGUCUGGAAUACUUUUAUGUCAUCUUACUGUCAGUAGUCUUCGGAAACAGUUUGGAUGAAAAGUGGGCCAGAUAUGGUUAUGUAGCCCCACUUGAAGCGAACAAGCCCCAGCCUCCUGUAAUACGGGAUCGGCGGCAAUGGAAGUUUUUACAGGUGGGGCCGGGGAACGCACAGGCGACGAGGUCAAGUAGUUGUAUGCAGAAGAAAAACUAUUGACAGUGUGCGAUUGCACUUAGGGUGGUUGAGAAAUAUUUGCACUAGUCCCUAACCGUAAUCCUUACCCCUAACUCUAACUCCAAACCAUAACUCCUAAUCCUUUACCCUAACCCCUAGUCGUCACCCCUUACCCCAACCCCUAGCCCUAACUCCUAAUCCUAACCCCUAACCGCAAGCCCUAACCCUGCCCCCUGCCCCCUAACCCCAAUUCCAACAGUAUUGUGUCCGGUGAACCCAUCGGUGAGCCCUUCUUCUUCUUCUUCUUCUUCUUCUUCUUCUUCUUCUUCAAAUAAUCAGCCCGGAUCUCUCAGCUUUGCCAAUCUGAGUAUUGUGUCCACAAGGUGGGGCUACAUAACCACAUCUUACCGAAAACUGUUCAUUUUUCGUGCUUGGUUUUUAUAAGCAGUGUACGUUUCAUCUCCUUACAAGAGCGCUGUAAUUACAUCUUCAGUGUUGUUUUGAGUAGAACGCCAUGGCGGUUCCAGACAAAGUGCUUCAGCCGACUGAAGGCCUGACUGACUUUGCAGAUCCGACUCGCAAUUUCUGGUCGCCGAUAUUGAUAUUUCUUGAAAUUUCUAAGCUGCGAGAAGUCCUCCACUGCCAUGAAAUGAUUUCGACUGUCAUUGAUACUGGGUUCCGUGUUGUCGGCAUUUGAUGCCGGUUAAUGCAGGACCCCUGGCUUCUCCGUGCUGAUGGUCAGGCCGAAGUUAGACUACUUGGGGCGAAGAGGCCCACGCUCUGCGGCAUGCCCUCUGCCUUUGUGGCUUUUAACGUGGAAUUAUCCGCGAACAGUUGGUCGUGAACGCUUUCAUCGCAUACUGUCGAAGAAGCUGCCAGACGACAGAUGUUGGGCGGUUCUCAGUCGAUUCCGAACUUGAUGUCGAUACCCGGUCGCUUCUCACAGUAGGCGUUCAUCAACACGGCGGAGAACAUGAGACUGAACAGGACGGGACCGAGCACACAGUCCUGCUUCACCCCACUGGUCAUCACGAAUGUUUCGAAGACGUUCCGCUGUCAGUGAAUCUGUAAAGUUAACUUAUCCUUUGAGUAAGUCGUCCAGUACAUCCGAAUUUUAACUUGAUUUUUCGGAUUCCGCCGUUAUUCACUGUGUUAAAGGCCUUCUCAGACCGACGGACUUGGUGCAAACGUUGAUCUUUAAUUCCUGACAUGUCUGUAUUGCCGCAGUGUUUGCGGAAUCCGCACUGCUUUUCUGGAAGAAGUCCCUUCUCCAGAUGCGGAUUCAAACGAUUUAGCAGAACGCGAACGAAUACUUUUUCCUGCGAUGCUGAGAAAAGAGAUGCCUCUGUGUAAUUGCCAGUUCAUCCUGCUUUUGUAAAUGUGCACGGUGAUGGCAUUCACGAAGUCCUAAGGAGUGUCUUUCUCGUAACAUCUUUUGGAAUAACGAGGUGGACUUUUCCAUGAGCUGUGGACCGCCUUGCUUGUAAACUUCGACUGGGAUUGCGUCUGUUCCCGAUGCUUUUCCAUUGAUCGGCUGUUACACUCUCCUGAUUUUCUCAAGGAGAGAAGACGCACAAUCGAGGUCAUCCUUGAUUCCCACUAAAAGAAGUCGGUUGAUGCCAACGGGUGGUUGAGGACGCCCUGGAAAUGUACGGGCCGGCCAUCUAGGAUCUGUGCCUACGAGGACAUUACGGUUACUAAGGACAGCCGGGUUAUCCGUCUCCGACACAUUUGCUAGGAGGGCGUGUAGGUCUUCGUAGAGCUUUUUCUUCAUGUCAUCAGAGUUGGUCAUUGAGGGGCAUAGGCCCUGACGACGGUAGCGAAUUUUUAUCCCGCAGAGUUGCGGGAGCAUGGUCAUGAGACGGUUAUUGAUGUCCUGUGAAAAGUAGGACAGCCAUCUCACGAUGGCGAAGUUAACUCUGGCUUCUCACCGCUCUGGCCUUGCACAUCUUCUUCAGAAGAAGGUGUAUCUGACACCCGCUUCCUCGAGUCAACCUUGUUCAGAGAAAUGGGUCUCUCUGAGAGCAGUAAUGUCCACUUUGUGUCGGGCCAGUUCGUGAGCAACCACUGCCACCAUCUUACUCGGACGUUUUGCCAUUUGCACGUUUAAAAGGGAAAGAGAAUUCCAGGCUGCAUAGGGUCACUGCUCACUUUUUAAGCAUAUGCAGGCACACGAGGAUGGGGACAGGAGCCGUUAGUUGUUGUAGUUUUUCGACCGCAUUUUUUUGCGUCCACAAGCUAUGUUCAGUUUGUCGACGACAUCUUUUACCAGCAAUUUUUAGGUUACCUUUUCUAGCCUCCCCCUCCCCCCCCCGUAAAGAGUUAUGCAGUGCUACUCUCAAACAGGGCUAUUUAGUCACUCCAAGUGGCUGCCGAAUUUCAUUAUGGGUCACUAUUUUGUUUGGUGGGAAGACGACUUGGGUUAGUCUGGGCAACCUACGAGAUUGCACAUGGGGAGUUUGGGAAUUAUUUCGGGGACCACCGGGUGUGAGGACACACACACGUCGGACACUUAUCUGAUUUAUUCCACGAGCCAAGGACGGUUUCCGGAAUGUAGCUGCCGUGUUGAGAACGACUUCGCGGAGCCACAUGUGAGACCUGAGUACCGGGACUGAACGAAACAGAAGCAUUAAUAAAGGCUCAUCGAUGCGCUUGGUGACAACAGGCCUAUUUGGCGUAUAAGUAUCCGCCAGGUCGGUCGAUGCUUUGGGCGAAUACUGUCAGCGUGCUGCUUAUAGGUGCUUCUUAUCACCAAUCACGCUUGCCCACCAGGCUCAAAUGGUUUCGUUUAUGCUACUUUUUGUGGCUUGUUAGUUGCCGGCAGUGUAUACUCAGCAGGGUAUACCUGUCAGUGUAAGGUUGCGCGAUGUCCAUCCGAGGGCGUGUGCUAUGCCAAUAUCAGCGAACCACGGCCCUCGCAGCCUGGAAUGCGUUGGCAGUUCUCUAACACCUAAUUCCCUGCUGGUAGAUGUGCUUACGUUCCCGCUGGGUAUACAGGUGGUGAGCAUGGCUGCAUAGCCAUCCCCCUCGUCCUUCUGACCCCUGUUGGGGUGUUGGUGUUGUUGUUGGUGGUGGAAAACCUGGGUCGUGUAUGUUGUGGACCAGUAGAAUUGGUGACACGCCUAGGUGCAGGUCUGGCUGUGCCAGCCACUUGCGUCCUCCCAUGCCCCCGGUCAACUUGACCCUAUCUUGACACCGGCCCCAGGUGGGGAGUGGGAAAGACAGAAUGCGGUGAAUGCAGCGCAAGUCUACUACCACUAUCAACUAAUUCACGCCAAGUGACCGUGUCUGCUUCACCUAAUUAUGGAGCACACGGUGGACAUCGUCGGCAACGGCGGUCAAACUGUCGUGCAAUGCACAUCUAAACGUAUCUAAGAUCAUGGUUUGACUGUACAACGUAGGUUCCUGCCCGUGGCACCCCGUACGUACUUCCUACUAGGAUAUCAGACUUAUAAUGAACACGCAACCUAGCCUUUAUCCAAGACCCGUUCGACUGUCUCGAUGAACUAAUCGUCACAUAUUGUAGUGGAAACUCGGGAAUGCUGAUUUAUCUGGAGACUCACACAGUUAUAAUUUAAAGUUUGACUAUGGACAGCGCCAGAUGUAGAGGAGAUUCAAUGGGUUAGCUUAGUUGCCGACUUGUAGGUUCUUAUGUCCUCCAGUCUAAGGCCGCCGAACUAGUACGAACAAGCUGCUGCCAGGACUUGAGAUUAAUUUAUUUAUGUUUAAACAUAUACGUAACUAUAAUAAACAAAAGUUCUCCCGCUCCGUAGGAAGUCUGGUACAGAACAGUUCGAAAAUCGCCCACUUGCGUGACACGGUUGCCUGACAUAGACUUAACUGAAGUUUAUUUGCUCCUUCUUUAUUCUAUGCUCACAGGAAAGGCUAAGUGACUCCAGCCUUCCACGCGGCAUACGAUGCAGCAACGCGCAGACCUGCUGGAGGCAAUUUAGACGACCAUGGGAUAGACGAUGCGGAGUCGUGUGAUAUUCGAAGGCGUCCCAAGAACUGUUUAAGCAUAGAUUGCGUGCAUGAGUUCAGAGUAAAGUUUUUUGUUUGCGACCAUCUCUUCGAAUCUGGAAGAUAUUGAAGAAGACGUUUUGUCUCCAACAUACUAAUCACUUAAAAUGUUUCUUUAUUCCUUGUUAGGGAUAAGACGUUUCCUCAAAGAGCUGGCUGGCGUAGAGUUAGACAACACUCACAAUUUGAGUCUGCAUACCAAUGGUGUUCGCUGUCAUGCUAAUAGCACAUAGUAUCUUUCCUCUUCCAGUAGGUCAGAAAUUCGAUAUAACUUUUUGAGAAUUCGAAGUCACUUAAAUCGAUGAACCGUUUUGUUGACGUUUGCUCGUUUUCGCAAACUUUUCCCUACUAUUUUUAUUUAGACUUAUGUGGGUUGAGAGUUACGGGCGAAGUUCUGGUUAAAACGAUUGGCGUACAGUUGCAAUUUUACAUACAAUUCUAUACUAUCCUCCAAAAUUUAGUCGUUUGCACUGUGUUCGAAGGCACUUGCGAAGACGCGCGAGCUGAAACCAGAAAAUGGAUUCCACAAGUAACUUUGAAUACUUUAGCUUAUUAAAAAUAAUUCAAUCGAGUUGCCUUUUGAACACAGCCAUAUUACCGAAAGUCAUAAUCUAUACUGGGGGCGAAUUGCACGAUCGAAUUGCCUGUGGACUAAAGAAAAACUUCCGUUGGUAUGGCCACGCAUUCGCGUUCGACCUUGUACGAGCGGUUAUACAGCAGGUUUUUGCUUGUGAGAUAGAUAAGUCUUCAGGUUUAUGCAAGUGCAAAAUAGACUGAACUACAGCUUUGCAUAAUCGGGUCGAAACAAGUGGAGUUUGAUCAGUCUGUCUGAGUAUGCGGAAUUUAUAAAGUCGUACAGCAAUUUUGCUGCCCAUUGUGUACCUGUUCAAAAGGGUCGUUGCCUUUCUGUAUCCAUUAGCAUCUUUUCUGACUAUCUGUUCUCUAAGUGUGGUCUUGAGGGCGCACCGAAAAUCAAUACGAAGAGUUAAAGGGGUAGUCAGCAAAAGCACAUCCAGUCCUGUGAAUACUCCUUUUUGCCUUUUGGGCCGCUGUUUGAUAGUUUUCUGGUGCCACCAAGUUCUCAGUCGUCCAAAAGGUCUCGAUCUGCGUGCGCAUCCACAUUUUUGAAUGAAAUUUCGUUUAUAAAACACUACUAUUUUGGGAAACAUCUAUGACCAGCUUCCGAGCGUGGGGCCAAAAUUUAGUUUACAGUAAGUGUCAGAAGCCGCCUAGUUGUCAGGGAAAUCGGACUCACAGUUUUCUUGUACUUCCUGUGUGUUGUCAGCACAUACUGUAUGACUGUUUAAAAAUAUCUAUGAAAUCAACUGACCGCCAGGAUCCUAAUUUCAGUCCUUUACGUGGAAGAGGAAAAGAGGAGGAGCUGGUGCCGUACCAUGAGUGAUAUCACAUACUACUGGCCCGAUUAGGAUACAACAGUGCCAGCGACAAGUCUAUGCAUCUUGGAAGAUAGAAAGUUUUAUCCGUUUAGGAUAGUACACCAGAUUUCGCACAAAUAACCUCUUGUAGGAGACUGGCAUUCACUGAAUAAUCCUAUUAAAUAACUUUCAUUUUCAUGGGAUUAAAGAACGUCUGUAGGACAAGAGUAGGUUCUGCGAAGGCCCUGUUGGAGAGCACUGCCGAGAACCCUCUUCUCGAGAUACGUCAUGAAGUAGUCUUAAUAGGGCGUUCUACUUUCAUGCAUAAAAUACAGCUAGAACUAAAACGACGGUAGUUUUCUGUCUCCAUUUUAAAUCGUCCAUUGUAGAUCGGGAGUUGUGUCAGUUUUAAAUUCCCAUAAGCCGUUCGUCCUCAUCUUUGGAACUUUGGAAGAUAAUCGAUGUUUGCUCGCAGAGCACGUAGGUCAGUUCACGAAAUGUGGAUGAGUGAACAAAAUCAGAACCAUAUGACAUGAUAGGCCCUAGUCGGAUUAAUCUUGCCCUUAGUAAUGCAAUAAAUAAAUAAAAACUAUAUUCCAGUUCAAGUGAUGCUAACUUUUCCCGGUCUAGGGAUGUGACGAACAGUAAAUCAAGGAAUGGAAUCGGACUCAGAGAAGUUAUAUGUAGCUGGUGGUUACACCCGAUUAAUCGCAGCGAGCUCUUCCGUAUUGGGCUUCAGAUCAGGUAUCGGACAACGGUUUUUGUCAUGUCGUUUGCAACUUAUGGAACCUUGUGAUUUUCCAGAGAUUUAUGCAGUAUAUUUGACUCAUACUCCCUUCGAGGUCUCCUAAUAUCAUGUUGGCAGUCAUUCCGUUGUAAUUUUACUUUCACAUCUAUUCGUUGCUCGCCGUCUAUCUAAAUCUCCUCUAUAAACUAUUUCUUUUUGAAGACUGUCCGAAGUUCCUGAUUAAUGCAUUUCGGAAGUCGCUUGUAAAUUGAGAUCAAUAAUUUUUCACAAACGAACCGAAAGUUGUUUGGUAUUCGUUGUGCGAUCAAUGUAACGUAGGUGUCCAAGGCACCGCUGAGGUUAGCCAUUAUGUACUCUUUUAUAUGUCCAUAGUCUUUUUUCAUUGUAGCCUUGACGUUUUAACCUUCAGCCUCUUUUAAUCGAUUUUAUUACUUUUCUUAUUAUUUAAAAGUUAUUUUUUUAGUAUUGUCGUUAUUGAUUACUGCCCUCUUUUGGUAGGCUAGCUUCGUUGCGCCUAACCUGUUCAUUUUUCUUGUUUUUUGUUAUAUAACAGGCUGAUGAGCCCAGUUCAUUUUUACGUCAAUUUUACCAGAAGUACGGCAAAGUACCCAAUAUCCAUAAAGCUCGAAUAAAUGCUACGUCCUGAUUUCUGAAGAUGAAACUACUAUACGUGAAGUCUCUAACGCCGAGAUCGGGAUUGCUGUUGCUUCCAGAUUAUUGACGAACAUGGGACACGCAUGGCGACAGCUGCAAAGUCACACAAGGUAACAAUUCCUAACCGAUGACGUUUAAGAUACCUAGCCGACUUGAACUUCUACGUUUUAGCAAUAUAUUUACCUUACGUACCUUUUCAGUUUUCUGCAAGUGUGAAUCUUUUUCUUGUUCACGACAUAGAGAUUUUGGAAAAGCUUAGGCGAAAAACCUUGAAGCCUGCAUGUGCGCCUUUUAUAAAUUGCUUAAACGUUCAUACACUGGCCCAGGAAAAUCCCUGAACAGAUUUUGCUUGGGCUUACAAUACAUUUCAUAGAGUCAACAAAGUUAAUGCAUUCUUUCCUGCCGAUACGGCUUCUCUAUUAUGUGCCAGCCCACACAUGUCAGCGUACAUACGACGACUGUAGCCAAACAUCGUAUAUUUUUUAAUCGACUCCUAAAAUAUGUUAAAUAGGUCAGGAGUUAAUUUACUUAUACGUGCGUUACCAAGGGAUCACCGGCUUCCUAUAGGAAUCAAGACGGACCAAGAAGGGACGCACACAUCAAACACGACCCUCAGUCUGAAUGAUUCCUAGUUGUGCAAAGCAGUGAGGCAAAUGUAAUUCAAGUCUCGUAUACACUGCUAUGAACAGUGGGAGGCGGAGCUCUUUUAAGCUUGUAUGAAAAGACAAAAGGUGACUUUUCACCGUGUCGAGGGUGUCCAAGUGUCUGUUUUUUGAUCGAAUAUGUUUCCACCAACCUCUUGGUGCGUCUUAAUGUGAAACCUUCUCCUUUGUCAUGUUAACUGUACAUAAUUCUCUAUUUAAUCAAUUUCUCUACUCUUUUAACUGUUGCGAGUAUAGAUUUGCCUACAGCUUCGCAAAUAUACCCCCAUUUCAGGAUUUCUGUUAAGAGCUCUAGCGUGUAGUUUCUUUAUAAGACUCUAGCCAGGUCACUAAAAGAUGCUUAAUCAUUGCGGAUAAUUCGGGUUCAAUUGUAAACUCGGCAAUCCAGUAUUACGCAUGUAAUAUCUACGGUGCGCCGGACAACAAUCCUUUCAGUCUACGCCACCAUUAAUAAUUCUACCCCUGAUUUGGAUUUCCCUUAUCAAGCUACUGUUUACUCAUUGGAAAUAUACUAGCCGUAAGUUUGUUAUUUCUCGGGUAAUUGGUUUGAUAUAUUCUGAAGUUAACGAUUAUUGUUUAAAUACGCUUGUUUGUUGGCCGGUUGGUUUGAGUGGGGUUCGUCUUUUGCGUACGUACCGCCCGGUGUGACUUUUCAUUCAACGGUCAAGCCUUACUGCAACUGCAACGCACGUUAUCGACCUGUUCACUGAGUAGCUAAAAUUGAGAGACUCUUUUGUCAAGUUUUACUCUUAAGGUCUUCGGGGUAUCCAUCGUCGCGACGACCCCUUUGUAUUCUUAAAGUGGCAUUACAGUAGUGCUUUUUCGGAAGUUAACCUAUAAGGCAUUCGCUCAACUACCCCCGUCCAACGGCAGUCUGCGUUGACAUUUUAAACGCACACACGGUAUUUUGUUAACUAUUUUUGGAAGCCGUUGUGUUGUGAAUUUGAUGCCUUAUUUGUUGGCCAAAUAGGACAGUAGUAACGAAUGUCCCGCCUGGUUUCACUGCGCAAUAUCAUAGAAAAGCCCUUAUAGCAAGCUGACUCUUGACGCUAAGGGAAGUUGGCAAUUCUGUGCCUCGUACGGUCUCUAUGUUCCAUUGUGGUGGACACGCCGUCGACAAGAACGAAGGGAGACUUGAACGUAACGUUACAGUGAGGGCUGUCGAAAGGUUUUUCCGUAGUGGCAAUUGUGCUGGUGUUUUGUUAUGACAGGUGGGUUAGUCGUGUUUACACUGCGGCACAUCCUGACGCAUCUAAAAUUUUAAAUCGGGGCUUUAAAUUCAAGUCGACAGAGAGGAUAUCUUGUAUGCUACUGGCGCCAUUAGAUGGCAUCAUUUUGGUUCCGCAUGCUUGGUUUCUAGUUUUUAAUUCUUGUAUUCUGCUGGAUUCCAGAUAAUUGCCUCAGUUUUUAUGCCUGAUCGCCAUGCCUGCCGAUCCUUCGCAGACGCCGUCAGGUCUCAUAGAAAUGCUUGAGGGAUGUCUUCAAAGUGUUUCCGUAGCAUCGUUUUCUGUCCAUCUUGCAUGCGAGCACCCGUUGUGGUAUCCCCACGGAGAAGUUGUGCCGUUAAGCUUUUAUCAGUAAUCUUCACAAUGUGUUCUUUUCAUCGAAGCUAGGUCUGCCUUAACAUGGCAUAGAUGCUUACCAUGCUGGUCGACAUUCAGAUAUUAAAUUAUUUUAAGUUUUGACCCAGCAUCAUGUCUCCCAGUUCUGGUCCUUUUGAGAUCCCCUUGGACUAUGGAUAAUCGUUUUAUUUACAGUGAAUAUCCCUUUACUGAUAAAAGUAGCGGAGGUUUGGGAAAAUCACAGCUUUUGUAUGGUGCCCUCAAUGGCUGCAUAGACGACAGUAAAGUUGUUUUCCGAAGCAUGUUGUUUUUCCUCUAUAAUCUUGUAAGUUCGUGAUUUCUGCAGCUAUUAUUCUUGAAUGAAAGGAGACAAGACUCCCUAUAUGCAGUACACGCAGCCGGAACGCAUCGACAGCUCAGGUGAGCAUAGUCGAUUUGCUGUGCGAGUUUAAGAAUCCCGGAUAUUUGCGAGCGUUCCCUCAUCGCACCUAUAUCACUGCUGCCCACCCGCGUCCAGUUCAAAGCACAUGACGGUUAUUUUCGCUGGGGUCGAUGAAAGGGAGAUUGGGAUGUGACCAGGUUGGGGUUUCACUUCCUAAGUGGGCGGGUCAGUAGUUAUUUGCGCCACUUCCUGGCCUUGUCGUCCAUAUUCCCAUUUUCUGUCUUCUUUGUAGCUCUAUCUCAAAUAAAACGUGAGAUAUGGAUGACUUGAAUGGGAAUGACGAUCUGCAAAGGAUCUAGGCGUGCCGUCAACGUAGUAUUUCGGUCAGUAAAGUGACGGAGUGGUCCCUGGUUAUAUUUACUGUUGCCAUUCAGAUGGAUCUGACGAGAAGUUAACUACUCUGUGAUUAUUCCAUUAUUUUUGGCGGCAGCACUUAGGUUUACUGUUUUCUGGACUAUCUUUUAUUAACUUAUUUAAGUCCAAAAUGAGCAUUUUAAUCGAUAGAAGUUGGUCAGUGGUAAGUACCCUAUAACGGAAUUUUUAGAAAGACUUGUGAUUUGUGUUUCCGUUGCCGAGGUCAGGGGCGUUGGCUUUGUAUGUACAGAAAACUUGGAUGAGGGAAUUGCCACUGGCCAUUAUUUCCUACGUUCGUGGCGCAGGUGAGGUGCCGCUGCUCAAAAUUCCGAGAAAGUAGUUUGGGCACCCUAAUUACAAAGAGUUAAUGCAGCUAGGUUUGACCAUAUUAUUCACAACGCGGAUAAAGCUAGCAGCCCCCAAUCCAGAGGCACUUCGUACCCUUUCUCUUGAAUGGGAGCUACUUUCCCUCGUUGCCUCGCAAACUAAAUGUGACGAGAUACAGGUAGUCUGCACUGCCCGGAACUUGGUUGACUCAUCCAGCGAUCUCACUGGGACAGUUGUCAACUCACUCGGCACUACUGACGACCACUCGCAGCGCCUGGUCCAUUGUAAAGUUUUCGAUGCUUCUGUACCUAGAUGGAGUCCUGAAGUUCACAACGACCGCCACUUCAUCGAAUUUUGGUAUUUAGCACACGUUCAACAGGAUGACUUUCUACAAGGGGCGGGCCCUGGAUAUUGAAAAUUCCCCUAACGAGUGUCUACAAACCAACCCGAAAACGGUUGUAAUGUCUGCAAACCAAAUCGUCGUUGACUGUUGGUCUGAAAGCCCUCAACAUGCUAAUAUCUGAUCGGAACCAUCGUAUAUUUUGGUUGUUUUCGUCUCCUUUGACAGUUCAGAUAAUCGUGUUAUCCCUGUCCUUACAUUCUUCCUUUUAACGCAUAUUGCAGCUGUGCUAUGGCCGCAAGAGCGGCUACAAAGAUGGGGAAGAAGGCCAAAGCUGCGGUGGACAUGUCUAAGCAUCCACCUUUCAUGCGCAUGUUUAUUCCCGCGCAGCAGGCGAAGCCGGCUCCGCCCCUGGGACCCCAACUCGGCAAGGUAAGUUUGUGUCUCUCUUACCCCCUUUCUCUUUCCAGCGGAACAUUAAUAUCGCCAACUUUUGCAAGGACUUUAAUGAGCGUACAAAACAUAUUAAAGAGGGCGUACCGGUGCCUUGCUUUGUUCAUAUAAAUGUAAGCCGAUUCCUUCUACAUCCAAAGCUACCGCCUUUAGCCGGAUCGAUCCUACAAUUUGCAAAUGUCACACCCUCCGUCUUUUUACUUGCUCCGCUUGGCUGCAGGCUGCAAAAAAGGUGCAGCUAACCCGGGUAGGUCGCUGUCUUACAGGCCUUAGUGCUCAUCCUUCCUUAUACUGGCAUGUGAAGGCAGUUACUAAAACAAAGUGGGACGUUUGUUGCGGGACAAUUCCUCCUGUGCUGUACUGCAUCCGCCCUAAUAAUGCCAUUUUCGACUACUAAUCACUCAAUAUAGCGGUGUCCGCUUGGUUUUCUAGCCCCAGUAUCCCAGUACUCCUCAGGAGUAACUACUGAAGACCGAUUGAAGAAGGGCUAUUCUUGAAGUAAUGUCUCAAUCAACAUCCAUUUAACUGCCGGUCUGAAGAACAUGCACUUGCAGCGCUAGCCGACAAUUUGCUAAUGUGUAUGGGUUGGACACGGAAUAAGCACUCACUCCUCGUAUUGCAAGUGGUCCUGCCCUAAAUUCCAAGGGCACCUAUUCUCGUGUCCUAAUUUUGGCCCUAACUCUCCUGACACUAACCCCAACCCUAACCCCUCCCCCUGGGAUUCGACGCAAGGCCGCUUGUAGUACUCGAGGAGCGGGGGGGGGGAGAACUGGUUACAAUGCCUUGCCUCGUGUUCGUAUGUUUGCCAUGUGCAUCAACGGCUUGUCCUUUGUCUAUGCGCCUAAGGAUCGCCGAAUUCCAAAAUUCAUAUUUCGGUUGUCAGUACUAAUAAAUGAAUCCGAUAGGUCGUCAUCAGCGACCGGUAGCCUACGUAAACCUUGCUGUUGUUGGGACAGGAAUCUGCUUCUUUUAGUGUCUGAGUGCGCUGACCACAGUUCUCUUGCAUGCCAACAGUCAGCUAGAUUGCAGCUCACCCGAUGGCAAUUUCGCAGGGCGUUUCAGUGGAGAGAUGGUUCUCCGUAACCCCUCAAUUCGAAGGUGGAUGCAAAGGUAGAGCAGUUUCUGAGGAGGGGCUACCUUGCCCUUGGCUAUUCUCUUACUUGUAUCCAUUCUGUGCCGAUCUUACGAGCCAGCGACUAAACUCUCUAAAUAUUUGUUUGCAUAGAAACAAUUAGAUCAUGGAGGUUGCAUAUAAUAUUACCUCAAAUUAAUCCACACAGUGACGCGUGCAGACUUUUGGUCGAAAUGAGUCCCACUCAAGAAAGACUAGUUCAGUAAUUUGCAUUUCAUCGUUGGCUUUCCGUGCUUCAACAACUUGUAUUUGCUGCACUAAUUCCACGGGGAAUGGCUUCCUUCCUAGAGUCUGCACUCGAAAAAUGGAGGUAUUCCAGUUUUGAAAGAUUUCGUGAUUCCUCGAAUUCUUAGAACCCACUUGAUUAUUCAUAAAGUCUAAUAUCCUCUAUGAAUGCUACUUACCAAACUUGCAAUGAAAUCCAUGUGUAUUUUGAAGUCUUGUGAAAUCAGUUCGCCUCCUUAUGAGGGCAUGAAGAGUUAUAUGAACUUGCUCCCAGUAAAAUCACUACAUGUUGUUUAGAAAACCCAAAGGUAUAGUUUCUAGACGUUUGCAUAGGUUUUCAACCCCACAUCCGUCGAUUAGGAGGUUUUUGUACAUUAUUUCAGACAGAAUGAGUACAUAAGUGGAAUAAUUUUGUGACCCUUCUGGGUUAUGCAAUUGAAUUUAUACAAGCAUUGUCAGUCAGUACACAAAGUUCUACUACUGUAGCUACUUUUCUAUUACUAUGGUGAGAAAUAUUCCCGCCCAAAAGGCAGUUUGCCUCGGAGUACGUGUGGACCCGGAAUUUUAUCCUUUGCUAAUCUGUAUUGUUGCCUGUUUGAAUGUAUGAUUCAGGGGUUUUGGUGCACACUGUAGAUGUCAGGAAUCCCUUAACUAAGUUGACAUUCGUUGGUACAGUCUGCGGUCAUGUGCAGUGUUGCCUUCUCCGCCCUAUGGACCUAAUUAUUUCAUGUAUUAGACCUUGCACGUCAGCAGACUUAUGCAAACUAGAAGGUCUUUGUCAGUUGGUGGUUGUCGCCGUCGUCUUUGCCUAUAUUCCCCAACCGUGUUUUGCCAACCUGUGAAUCACACUCUCCCUCAUGUUAUUACUGUCAGUACUGACCUGCGGCAGAAUUUUUGUAUUUUUUCUUGCACCCAUUUGUUUCUGAACGGAGCAUGUUAUGCAGCCUGUAUGUUCUCUGAAAGACCCUCCACUAACUGUUGAACGGCAUCCCCAUCACUAGCUUUGAUUGUAGGAAUGCCAGUUAAGAGGGCGUAUUUGCACUCCUUAUCAAUGUUCAUUUUUGAGAUGGUGCGAAAGAAUCCCGCUCCAUCAAUUAGCCUACGUAUCCUGCGUAUGCACAUAAACUUGAGCGACCGGUGUGCAGUUCGGGAUAACUUGUCAAUCUUCAGGGCCCUUUUGAUGAUACCGACGACGGUGGGAUAGUCUCUGCAGUCGUUUGACAAGUUGAACACCGCAAUAAACAGACCUUUGAGUAUAUGCAUCUCCUGGGUCCCUAAUGAGGUGAGGUAGACUAUCGCAUUGAGGAAGUUUGCGAGCACUGUGGUGUCCUGCAAGUCAGCUCCGUGAAACAUGAGGAGAUAGAGGAAGCUCACAAAAUUGGCUGGGUUCGUCACCGCAGGCUUGCAGCUAUUGAAAACCUUCUCGAAAUUUAUCCGCCGGACAAGUUGUUUGGCAUUACAACCGGAAUUUAACAGAACUGCGGUGAAUUCGACCAGAACGUUAGCGUCCUUAGCUGGCGGCCAAACAGCCCAGAUCAUCUCCCAGGCGCUGUCUGCCACAAUUUUUGACAUUUUCAUACACGUUCCGGCGAAAACCCGACAAUUUAUUUGGUGCGGAUUGUCAAAGUUGAAUUUGUUUAGCAUCAGUGGACGGUAGGUUUCGGCCAGCGGCACGCGAAGUGCCAGGGGAGGAAUCUCCAGGAUGCGAUGUCGCUUUCGCCACCGUUUUUCGGGGUCCAGACAGUCGGCAACGAAGCAGGUCUGUUGACUGGUGUUUGUGUUGGUCAGUAGAUGUUUGAGGACCUGUUUGCUGCCAAAAAGAAAUGCGUAUCCAAAGGGUGUCAAAAGAAGGGCAGUGGGUGGCUGGAGGAGGCCCUUGAAGAGGCCCAGUACUUGCUUCUCGUCGACAGUGUAGAAAAGGGAGGAUGCCAGGCAGGGGAACUUCUCUAGUGCAGCGACUACGUACGGGAGGUUAUCCUGACGUAUCGCUGUGAUAAGGGGCAUAUUUAUUACGUAAGCGGGCAGUUCUAUGAGAUUCAUUUUUGCGCGUCGCCAAGCCUCUGGAAGACUGACCUGGUUUUUUAGACGUGUCCCACCACAAAGAUCGAUAAUUUAAGUCGGCUGGCACGCAACUUGGCGUUUAAGUCUCAGUCGUUAUCUAAGCGCCUAUGAUAUCUAGGUCAUGAUAUCAACAAAUGGCAUAAAAUUAGUUCUAUUCGAUCCACAGGAUAAAGACUCGACUUCGAUCGUAUAAUCAAUAGAUAUCCGGCCACCUGACUGUUCUUCGCACUGUGCUGCCUCCUGUCUGUUGUUUUGCUGCAGCAGUCUGGUGAAGUGGCUUUCCUUGUCCUCAAUUCCCAGUUUUGAUUGGGAUACCGCCGUUUGCUCGGUUCCGUGAUCCGUGGAAAAGCUUUCAAUCACAAAUCGACGGCGAUGGACUUAUUCCUCUUUCUCUUCCAGGAUCCCCUUGUUUACCUUGUGCGUUUAACGUGCGCGUUGUGGUCCCAAGAUCUGUCGGUUAAUGCGCCAGCGUCUGUGUUUGACUGGCCCAUGCACCCGUCUCUUAGGCCGUAUGAUAUUAUGACACCAGCGUCGUUUGGCUUAUCAGCCUGCCAGGUUAUGAGCUAGUGCUGGAGGAGAGCUAUAUUUCCAGGCACUCGGUCGAUCCAAAUUAACUAUAAUAUUCCUGGCCGAUUCCCUUCGUGAAAGCCAUGCUCUUUUGCACUCCUAGGAACCGAAGUGGCUGGCCGGCUGACUCUGAAACACAUCUAUGAGAUCGCCUGCUUGAAGAAGCAGGACGCCGCCUUGGAGACGGUUCCGCUGAAGUCCAUUUGCAUCGAUCUGAUUAGCACCGCCCACCGACUUGGCAUCCAAAUCAUUUCAAGAGAAGAGCUCGAGAGCGGCAGUGUCGACCACUCGCCAGAGGCCUACGCAGAGUUCCUCAAACAACGCGAUAUCGACGUGGCUGCCCGUAAAAAGGCCCUCGAGGAGAAGAAACAGGCUAAACUUAUGCGAGUCUCUUGA